CUAAUUAUUCUCCCCAAACGUAACUCUCUUCUCUCCCCCGCUCAACCUCAGUUCUGCUGAUCUUGUGCCAAGCGCGUGGAUCAUCUAUCGCUCGCCUUACAUUCACCCGUCCCUUUUGCGACGAUUCGUGCGAUCGAUAACCCCACACACAGCCACACGGUGGAGGUGCGUAUAUGGCUAGUGGUAUCUUUUCAAAGGAAAAACUAGCUAGUAGUACAUAUUUUUUUCUUCCCAUGAAAAUGAAUAGAUACUUCCUCCAUUCACGGAUAUUAGGGAAAAACUAGCUAGUAGUAUAUGUUCUAAUCUUUUUGUGAAUCGGGUGUAUGUAGACAUAUUUAAGUGUGUUUGUUCACUGAUUUAAGUCCUUCGUAUGUAGUAUAUACGUGAACAGAGGGAGUAGUAUAUACGAGUACAAAUCUGGAAACAUUGAAUUAUGAGUACCUAAUCAUCGUGGUCAUUGUUGCUGUAUCAAUUUCAGUGGAUAGGUAAUUAAUGGCCGGAGGAGUAGAGAUGUUGGUGAUGUUUUGGAAGGAAUGGGGGAUCCAAGCGCUGGUGCUACUAAGCUUCGUACUGCAGGUCAUUCUCCUCGUCUCGGCCGAGAUCCGUCAUCGCAGAGACUCAGGCAUACUAAGAGCCAUCGUCUGGUCAGCAUUCAUGCUGGCCGACACGACGGCAAUAUACGCUCUGGGCCACAUGUCGGUGAACAGCAGCAAGUGGUUGCCUAAGCACCAGCUGAUGGCGUUCUGGGCUCCGUUCUUGCUGCUACACCUUGGCGGCCAGGACAAAAUCACCGCCUACUCCGUCGAGGACAACCGGCUAUGGCUGCGGCACCUGCAGACUUUCACGGUGCAGGUGCUGGCAGCUGGCUAUGUCCUCUACGAGUCCUCCAUCGUGGCUCGCCGGACCUUGCUCCGUCCGGCUGCCAUCCUCAUGUUUGUUGUUGGUGUCAUCAAGUACGGGGAGAGAGUAUGGGCGCUCAACUGCGCUAGCACUAGUAACCUGCCGGGCAAGAAUUACCAGAGUUUUGGCAGAGUGCAUAUUGAACACCCGCUCUCGUUGCAAUGUGGUGCUGAUCGCGAUGGCCAAGUUCUGGUAGCUCACCAGCUAUUAAGAAUCCCUAUGCAUUUGUUGAAGGGCCCGUUGCCUCUUGUGGCGUUCCACAGGAGUAUGAUGGAAGAUUAUAAUUGGGAGCGAAUGUACGAGGUGGCCGAGGUGCAGCUCUCGCUCAUGUAUGAGGUCUUCUUCAGCAAGGCCCCGGUGAUCCACACUUGGCGUGGGCGUUGCAUUCAUGUCAUCUCGCCGAUGGCCACUGUCGCUGCAUUCAUGUUGUUCCAUCGAUUCAGUCAAAAAGAUGGCGACUACUACAACAGAGUAGAUGUCGCUGCCACCUAUGUUUUGCUUACUGGCGCCGUCGUACUGGAGAUCACAUCAUUGCUUCGAGCCAUGUUCUCCAGCUGGGCAGAAGCGAGCAUGGCCAAUCCUGGCAAAGAUGAUGACACUAUAUAUUUUUACACAUGUUUAUUUCAGACAUUGAUUUGGGUUGUGGUUGCUUGCCCCCGCUGUCUCGUGAGAUGUGCAAUGCGGAAAGCAGGACUGCCGAUAAGGCAUUGGUCAGGCUCCAUGGGGCAACACAACUUUAUCCACCUGUGCACCCACAGCAGGAACAGCCGGAGCAGCAAAAUCGCAAGACGGAUGGGACGUGAGGACUGGUGGAAUACACUGGUUUACACGUCGUCCAUCCCCGUCCCGGCAGAUUUCAGCCAGAUGCUUGAGAAACAACUGCAGCGAAGCAAGGACGUCAACAAAGAGAGUCCAGAUCACAUCCACAACUCACGGGGCCGGGCGGCGCUGAAGAGGAUGGGAAUAUCGCAAGAGGAACUGGCCUGGUGGAGCGUGGACAUCCCACUGGACGAGAGCAUCCUCGUGUGGCACAUUGCCACUCAUGUCUACCUCAGCUGGUAUGAUGCGGAAUACUCCAUCAUCGACCGAGGUGCUCUUGCUAAGGCGAUCGAGGUGCUCUCCAACUACAUGAUGUUCCUGCUUGCCGCACGUCCCUACAUGCUGCCUGACAAUGCUAGUCGCCAGAGCUAUGUCGAAUUGUGCAACAAGGCGAUCAAUCAUCUCAAAUACAGCUCGGCUGAGGUUAGCACUCAACACGUGCUGCAGGUGCUGAAAUGAUGGACCUCAUUGCCCUAAUGUCAGGUUAAUACGGGAGCACGGGCAAGCACUCAACACUAACACUGCCACUCCGCCUCCUAAGACGCCUGAGAUAUUGGUAACUAAUUUAACAUAUGACAGAGCAUGUCAGCUUGGCGAAAAGCUGAUCGGCAAGGCGUUAGACACACGUGCUGCAGGUGCUGAAAUGAUGGACCUCAUUGCCCAAGUGUGGGUGGAGAUGUUGUGCUACACGAGCUACCGUUGCAGACCAGAUUCCCAUGCUAGAAGGCUCAGCAACGGCGCAGAGAUAACGACCAUUGUUGCUAUUCUCAUGGAAUACAUGAGACUGGGUUUCUUCAAGGACAUGGGAUUCACAGGAUUCUAGCAUCCAUGCUGUAUGCCAGUCGAAGAUCUGAAACUCCUGCAUUUUUCUUCAAUAGUGUUUUAUUUCGUAAACCGUAUCGGACAUCUAUGUAGUAUUAUUUUGUUCAAUCUCAAAGUCUCUGCCGCACAACUAUAUUUUUUUUUCCUAGCAGAUGGACAGGAAUAUGAAACAAUAGAGCAGCUUGCUAACUUCCGAUCGUUCUGACUUUAGACACAGAUCCGAACGCCUCCUCCUGCAAGCACACUUGGAUCAUUGCAUGCAUGUAUAAGACAAAAAACUGAUGUCAACAAAGAUUUUCAUCUAAAUUCAAAAAUUUAAAAUGUUUUGUAGCUCAAAGCAUUGGUCCUAUUCAAAAUCCAUUUUCACCAAUAAAUCCAUUGGUGACGUGAUCUUCAAAACUAGAUUUCGAUGACUUUUUUAGGGGUCAAAAGUUACCAUGCCUCGACUACAUAAGUUACCAACCUGUUCACACCGAACUUAUCAGGCAUGAAAAACUGGAAGUUUUUUGCACCGUUUCAAUGACAUUUAUAGGUCGAAUGUUAUCACUCCAUAAUAUAAGAAUUACCCUGGCUAUUCAUAUGUUUUUACCGGGAUAGUUAUCAAUUCCAAUACUAGACAUUACCGCAACCACCCAUGUAACUGUUGUAGUAUUUUGGCUAUGACCUAGCAAGCUGUGUAACCUGCAUCAUGCCAACGCUACGGUUUUCCUCAGCCAGAUUCAUGUGGAAAAGAACACAUCUCCAUAUCUCUACCUAAUAAUAAAGGCACUAUUGCUUCUGGCGUUACGUCAUAAAAAUUGCCUCUAAAGUUACCACUUAUUACCACUAUGCCACUGGUAAGUGAGA